UGGACAUCCCAGUUCAGUUACCAAUUAUCGCUAAAGCCAUGAAGUUUGUUCUUAAUUUCCUUGCGUUUGGCUUGGUUGUAGAAGUUUCAAGCCUGGGAUACACAAGGGAACCUUUUGUAAAGAAUUUGAAAUGCUUGUUCCGCGUUAAUCCAGGUCCAUGUAAAGGCAAAUUUGAAAUGUUUGGCUACGAUCCCUUUGCCAGACAAUGCUCCAAAUUCUUUUACAGUGGCUGCGGUGGAAAUCCAAACCGUUUCGGUUCAGAGGUAGAGUGUCGGCAUGCUUGCAAAAAACUUGUAUCCGUGGAUGAAUAUGAAGAUUAUGAAUAUACUGACGACCAGACAGAUAUAACAUUUCCAGACGUUGAAUAUACAGAUAAUAAUGAUAAAAAUACUGACGUCACUUACGUUACGGAUGACGAUUAUCAAAGUUAUGAAUAUCAAUAAUGAAAAACAAAACGAAACCUACAAAAAUUGAUUUUAUGAAAACCAAAAUAAAAACAUAAGAAAGUAAUCAACGCUUAAAGGACGAGAAAAUGAAGGACGCUAUUAAUCAUGCCCAAGAACAGUUAAUUAGUAAAAAGUUACACAAUGACACACAUAUAUUCUAAAUUAAUAUGUUUUUUUAGAAAUGCAGCUGAAGCUAAAUUUUAAGUUAAUCGUAAUGUAAAUUAACAAUUAAUGUUGUGUAAUAAACAAUUGGUGCAGCUCAAGGCAGUCAUAUUUAAA